CGCCUGGGGGGGAGGGAGGGGAGCGCGGCGCGGAGAGUGCGAACGAGCGAGCGAGCGCCGGGGAGGGGGCCGGGAGCGAGGGUGCAGCUCGGGAGCAGCCGGAGCGGUAGCAGCGGCGGCGGCGAGGCUCGGCGCCCUCUUCUCUGCAAACCAUGUUUGCCAAAGGCAAAGGCUCGGCGGUGCCCUCGGACGGGCAGGCUCGGGAAAAAUUAGCUUUAUAUGUCUACGAAUAUUUACUGCACGUAGGAGCACAGAAAUCUGCACAGACCUUCUUGUCGGAGAUUCGAUGGGAAAAAAACAUCACGUUGGGAGAACCGCCUGGGUUUUUGCACUCGUGGUGGUGCGUAUUUUGGGACCUUUACUGUGCAGCUCCUGAAAGGCGAGACACUUGUGAACAUUCAAGUGAAGCAAAAGCCUUUCAUGAUUACAGUGCAGCCGCCGCCCCGAGCCCUGUGCUGGGCAACAUUCCCCCCAACGAUGGGAUGCCAGGAGGCCCCAUCCCACCGGGUUUCUUUCAGGGUCCUCCGGGGUCACAGCCCUCGCCGCACGCACAGCCUCCACCUCACAAUCCCAGCAGCAUGAUGGGACCUCACAGUCAGCCUUUUAUGUCACCGCGAUACGCAGGCGGCCCCAGGCCCCCGAUCAGAAUGGGAAACCAGCCUCCAGGAGGAGUUCCUGGGACACAGCCAUUGCUGCCCAAUUCCAUGGAUCCCACACGACAACAAGGGCACCCCAACAUGGGAGGAUCCAUGCAGAGAAUGAACCCUCCCCGAGGAAUGGGGCCCAUGGGCCCUGGCCCACAGAAUUACGGCAGCGGCAUGAGACCACCGCCCAACUCCCUCGGCCCCGCCAUGCCCGGGAUUAACAUGGGCCCUGGAGCUGGCAGACCCUGGCCCAAUCCUAACAGUACUAACUCAAUUCCAUACUCCUCCUCAUCACCUGGCACAUACGUGGGUCCCCCUGGUGGUGGUGGCCCCCCCGGAACACCCAUCAUGCCCAGUCCUGCAGAUUCAACAAAUUCCAGUGACAACAUCUACACAAUGAUUAAUCCGGUGCCGCCUGGAGGCAGCCGGUCCAACUUCCCGAUGGGUCCUGGCUCGGAUGGCCCGAUGGGCGGCAUGGGUGGCAUGGAGCCGCACCACAUGAACGGAUCGUUAGGGUCAGGUGACAUAGAUGGACUUCCAAAAAAUUCUCCUAACAAUAUAAGUGGCAUUAGCAAUCCUCCAGGCACUCCGCGAGACGACGGCGAACUAGGAGGGAACUUCCUCCACUCCUUCCAAAACGACAAUUAUUCUCCAAGCAUGACGAUGAGUGUGUGAUUCGUCCCUCCCUCCUCCUCCUCCUCUUCUCCGAGACGCUGAGAGAGCCGGCAUUGCAGGCGGGAAGAUGCCAGAAAUUAUGCAAGAAGAAGUGAGGUGUCAUUACCCAGGAGCUGGCGGAGGGGCGUCUCCCCCGCUCCCCCCUCGCCCCCUCCCCCUCCACUCCCCCACCUUCCCUAAUUUUAGUUUCAUGCAAUAAAAAGGCCGAACUUUUUAUUCCGUAAAACAUGAAGGACAAAACUCAAAAUAAAAAAAAAUAUAUUUCAAGGCAAUGACCAGAAAAAUCCUACCCCUUGCCCUUUCCCAAAAGGACCUUUUAUGUACAUGACACUUUUUGUUGUUGUUUUUGUUUGGGGUUUUAUUGUUGUUGGGAUUUUUUUUUUAUUUGUUUUCAGGGGGGGUUUUUGGGGGAAAAUUUUUAAAAAUGGAAGCUUCUAGCAGGCCCCCCACCCUACCCCAAUCAACCUCUUUGCUUUCUUCUUUAAGAAAAAACAAAACAAAAAACAAACAAAAAAAACAAGCCCUUGCUGUCUGUCUGUACCCAAGCCCUGCCGCCAGGAAAGCUAGUCUAGGUGUGAGAUCUCACACUGUCUUUGUAGCCAUCUAAAAAUAAUAAUAAUAAACUGGACAGUUUACAAUCGGUGGUUUCUUUCAAAAGGCCUUUUUGGGAAAGAAAACAAAAAAGGAACUCACCCUUUUCCAUUUGGGGUUUUUGGUUGGUGUGGACGGGCAAGGGAGGGGCAGCUGCAACCUGUUUUGUUUUUGCUUGGUUUUUCCCGGCUGUGGUGGCGACAGCAGCAGCACAACUUGGACCCCAGAAGCCCCUCCCCAGCCCCCGCCCCACCCCCACCGUGUGGCUGGAGGGGGCAGGGCCGCUCGACCCGCAUCCCGGAUCCUGCCACAGCCGAGGCGGGGGUCCCAGGGUCAAGACCCUCGCUGUGACCCGGUGGCAUGCACUGUGUUCCCAGGACUGCUCCCCCUCCUCCUCUCCCUGCUCCUCCUCCUCCUCUCUUCUGGGCCUCUCUUCCCACCCUGGCCUCCCCGCCCCUCCAGUCCUCCCAGCGAGGACCUUGGCAGCCGGGCUGUGGCCUGGAGCGGGGCCCGCGGGGCCACCACCGGGAUGGCUGUGACCUGGACAUGGAACUCGUCCUGUCCACACUCUCGUUCUGUGCAUGGCUGGGCACUGCUGGAGUUUGGGUUUUCUUGUUUUUUCUCUUCUUUCUUUUUCAAAGAUGGAAUAUUGAGCAGAAUUGCUUUGUAUAUGCUUGGAACUGAAUGGAAAGACUUUGGAAUAGUUUUUGGGGGGCCCGGGGCGGGGGGUAGGGGAAGGCCAACAACCAAACAGACAUGCAGUUUCCUGUCUUGUUUUUCUUUUCCAAAGCCUACAACCCCUGCCGUGGAGCCUGCCCCCUCCCAGGAGGGGUGCCUCGUGGCCCCCCCUCACCUCACCGCCCCUCAUCAAAACCUUUGUGUCUUGCCCUCGAAGACACCCGGAUUCUUUGUACAUUUACACUCCCUGCUCCUCCUUCCUCCCCUCCCCUGUAGCUGGUCUUUGUUUUAUUACCUCCCCUUUCUGAUCCAUGUAUAUCAUAUUAUGUGAGAUAUCAUCUGCCUGAAAAAAGACCUUGUGCGGAUUAUUGGGAACAUUGUAGCUGUUUCUGUGUUUUUUCUUACUUUGUAGUCUGGUUCUGAAUUAAGAGAGGAAAAAAAAGUAAUUAUGAUACAUUGUAGUUUGUGUACGAUAUAUGUUGAUAACGUUUUAUUAAAGGGACAUCUUUUUUCCGCA